AUGCCCAGGAGGGAGAUCCGUUUGGGUGUCUGUCCCAUCGAGGACGACAAACAGCGCAGUGUCACCUUCUCCAAACGACGUGCUGGUUUGUUUAAAAGCGCCAGUAACCUCUCCGCCCUCACUGGCGUGAAGGUUGUUGUUGUCCUAGAGAGUGAAUCAGGAAAGAUGCAUGCCUUUGGGACGCCAUCGGUGAACCCUAUUAUUGAUGCUUUCUUGUCAAGGGAUCCACUUAUUGAGCCACUCGCCGACAAGGCGGGAAAAGCUAGGAUUGCAUCGCUGCAGAGCAAGGUGGCUAGGUUGGACAUGGAGAAUACAGUGCUAGAGAAGAGAGCAAACCUCUCCCUCCAGCAUAUCAAGAAGAUACAAGCUGAAAACCCAGGGAUGGUGGCAAAUAAUAUCUUUUCGAGGGAAAAAGAUCUCAGUCUUGGAGAUCUCAACAGACUCUUCAAUGACCUCUUGCGAAUCAAGGAGCAUAUUAGACACCGUAUGCCUGCACUACAUCAUGGCCAUGAAAUAAGGACUGGUGGUCAAAACGUGCAACAAAUCCAGUUGCUGCCAAGAGGUCCAUCACAAGAUCACUCGAAGACUCAUCAAGCGUCAUUGCAACCAUCAUCAUCUCGCCGUUUUUCACCUCAAGUGUUGCCUCCAGUUCCACUACCACCAACACCACAACACAUUAUGGGACGAUCUUUUCAUAUGCAGGUACCACAGAUGUUCCAGACCCAACCAUCACCUUUGGCGCCCCGGUUGAGGUCCCUUAUGCAACCAAUUCCUCAUCAGGUACCACAACUAUUUCAGUCCACACCACCACCUCCACCUCCGACUCCCCUGUUGGCAUCCCUUCUACAACUGGAUCUUGACCAGGUACAUGGUUUACCUCCACCACCUCAGCCAAAACUUCAAGAAUAUGCAAGUCCUUACAAGACAAAGGAGCCAUCACAGAACAAGACAAUCCCUAACUCAAUCGUUGAGAACAUUUCGGAGGCAUCCCCACGGUUCUUUUCAUCCGGUGGCAAUGAUAUCUCUCCUUAUGCUCCUUUGGACCAGGCGCUCUACAAUGAAAUCCAAGGGAUGGAUUCUUACUUGGGGUGCAAUAGUAAUGAUGUAGGCCAAUAUAACAUGGGACGUGAAGAGUGGGUCAAUGCACCACCAGAGUCUUCUCGCGGGAAUGAUGAUGAUAUUGAUGCAUGA